AUGGGCAGUGUCGCCGGCGACUGUGUAGCAUUGACAUUUGAUUUGACGCAAGAUGUCGUGCUACUACUGCUGCUGCUACUCCUGCUCCUCGUCCCAUCUGGCAACGACGAUGAUGUUGAUGUAGUCGUAGUCGUAGUCGUUGUCGUCGUCGUUGUAGUUGUCGUCGUGAUCUUUGGUGAGACGACCAAUGUGCUCACUCCACCCACGCAUCCACUUCCGGCGACUCCUACGCCACUCGCAUUAUUACUACUGCCGCCACUCAAGUUGUUGGUAACACUGCUGGCCGCAGCGCCACCUACACUCAAUGGCACUGGCAUUGGCAUGGGCAUUGGCAUUGGCAUUGUGCCAACUGCUAGAGGCACAGUGCUGCUCGUUGCUUGGACAUCAUGA